AUGUUCAUCACGGAAUGCAGGUACCUCCACUCUCGUGCUGAGGAUGAUCGCAGCAAGCGAGCGCUACGAUUCUAUCACAAUAUUGACGGUGAAGCACUACGGGCCACACUAAAACAGCUAGAUCAAUCUACCAGUGAAAUCCAGCGAGUCGGGCUCAUCUCUGUAUGGAAAGAUCGAGCAGCUCGCCGCGGGAACACUUGUAGGUGCAGUUGUGGGAAUCUCGAUGGUGAUGACGUGAUAGCAGCCAUAAACGCCUUCUCGUUCGAAAUACUCCUCUCUACCGGGCUUUCCGUUGAGCAAGCGUCAAUAGGAAAUAUAGCCAUCUGCAUGAUGAGUGUGACCGGAAUAUUGUUUUCAUCCCUGAUUAUUGACCGCUUCGGUCGUCGGACGCUGCUACUUUCUACAUACAGCUUGCUAGCUGUCAUUAAUCUCGUCAUUGCUGGGCUUAUGUUCGGUUUCCAACGGGGACAGCUAUCCUGUAUCUUGUUAACCUUUCAACGAAAUUCAUUGUUCAGAGCGUUUCAUUCGGUUAUCCUCUCUUGGCAGCAGUCUGCCUGUUCAAUCUCGUAUUUGCCGCAGGACCAGGUCCAAUGGCCUUAUUCAUCACUGGCGAACUUGUCGACCAAAAUGCCCGAGCGAGCAUCUGUACUUGGCUACUUAUUUGAGGUUGCACGAGUAUAUGUGCUGUCAUUCUGUUGUACUUCUUUCUACCGGAAACCAAAGGAAGAACACCAUCGGAAGUACAAAAUAGUUGGAGAAAUCUACCGACAAUUGGCAAAGGAAGACGGCGGGGAUCUUCCUCUGUCCCAGUAUACAGUGCAUGAGCAUGACUCACGUUGA